AUGAGUGAUGAAUGUUCCUCAAUAGAGACGGAUAUCACUUCGUGUUCGUCCGAUGAAGACGAUUUCAGUAACAUAAAUUCUCCUUACAGCUUCGGUAAAUACAAAGUGGUAUACAAAGUCAACGACAUGAACCAAGGAGAUGUGGACUCUAAAAUUGACAACGGCGGUGAACCGCAGACAUCUCCAGAAGGACCUUACUUGAAUAGAAGUAUUCCCUUACCAAUGGAGACAUCCAACACCAGUACAGAAAAUCUCAUCCCUAAAGAGAAAAAUUUACCACCAAACGGAAUCGUCAAUCCAAUGAUGUCUAGCAUCAAUAUCGAGGUUCCAUCUUGGAGUGACACCAGUAGUGAUAAUAUGAAAGACCCUUCCAGCUCAAGAGCCUCAACUUUAACCAGGGAAACCAAGUCAGACGAUCCCACUUCCAUUGAAAAGGGCAUUAAUUAUAAAGAGGCGAAGGAGAAAAGCAACUCAUUUCCAAGAUACACUAGUCUGUCCUCCCACAGUGAACCUCUAAAAGACCCAGCUCCUAGUGCAACUUUAUCAUCCAAACCCUCCUCCAUGAAGCCUUGGGAUGUAUUUAGAGUAGCCUCACGUGAUAUUUCGAAAACAAUAGACGGAACGUAUGUUAGUCUGUUCCGAAAAUGCACCAAAGUACUUGUGAGCAUUGUACUAACUAUUCUUAUCUUACUAACAACAAUGGUUAGCAAAAGCAGUCUUCUCCUGAUUGCUUCAAAUGUAUAUUCUAAUGUGACACUUAAUUGCACAAAAAGCAAUAAGCCUGGACAUGUGACUUCCUGUCGCCGAUUGGCACCGGAUGUAGAAGGGACAGCUUUUCAGCCAUCUCAGACUGUAGAAGUUACAUGGCUUUGGGCUUUAUUUUUGGUGACUACAACUCCUUAUGUUUUCACGUUCACAAAGUGUGUGUGGAGGAUAUUUUUCAAGAAAACAAGAAACCCAACAUUUACAAUUCUAACAAUCGCUUUGUCGAUAGAGACCCUUCAUUCUAUUGGAAUCUGCAUUUUCGUAUUCUACGUUCUCCCAAGCUUGGAUCCUAUCCGUGGGUUGAUGCUUACAUUUGGUACUGCUUUCAUUCCUUCAUUUCUGAAGAUGUUUGACAGUCAAAGAGAAACCGGACGACGGUUCUACGUUGUACUAGCAGACGUACUAGCUAUGUUGAUACAAGCCUCUGUUUUGCUAAUGUGGCCUCUUCUGAACAUAAUAAGAGGCAUCGAUUACGAGCAAUCAUGGGGUAUUUUUGUAUCCCUGCUUUUAAUUUCAUUAGGAUGGUGGGAAAAUUAUGUUAGCAAAUUCACACAUUUGGGAAAACUAGGAAGUUCGUUACUGGAGUUGAAAAGAAGUAUUCGACGAAGUAGAACAAAGCUAUAUGCUGCAGUGAGUGUUUGGAAAGUCGUUUUAACGUUGGGAAUGAUGCUGGCUCUAAUGAGUAAUCUUAAACUAUCCUGUGUGAAAGCUUUGGUUUUCGAAGGACAUAAUCGAGCAGAUGAAUGUCCCCAUUUGGCAUAUCCAGAGGAUGCCUUAAAUGUGGAAAGUUCCGCGUUCAAGCAUGAUGCAUUUUGGGUUUCAGUGGUUCAGAUUGUGUGCUGUCUUCUCUGUUACACAUUUGCUAAAUCAGCCUGUAAAAUCAUGCUUCAGGUCGGAAGCUUCUCUCUUCCACUAAUGUUGGCGGCACCGAUAAUGGCGGGUUUAUUUAUAGAGAGCUGUGAGUCAUGGAAGACUACGGGAGUGGGGGUUUCUAAGUUGAUGCCGGAUUAUUUGUACUGGACCUGUGAUAUCCAUGGCGUUUCCGCUGAUUUUCUUCUACGACUGGUUUCGGAUUAUUAUCUUCCUGUGACUUUGAUUUGGUGGCUCUCAUUCAUGUGGGUCACAUUCCACAUAUGGAUUCCCAGAGUAGAACGUUUGGUACAAACAGAGAGGUUGUUUGUCCAACCACUGUACUGUGGAGUUAUGCUGGAACAGUCGCUAAUGCUCAACAGAAGAAGAGACGAUAGGGACAGGGACUUUCGGUUGAGAUCAGAAAAGCAAAAACGAUUUGGGUUUGAAUCGCCAGAACUAAAUAUCAAGAAUGAUUUUAUUGACCGUGGUAUACUGCCGGGUCGGAGAUCUUUAAAGACUGACCGCACGCCAAUGAUCUAUGUGUGUGCGACAAUGUGGCAUGAGACACAAAAAGAGAUGAUUCAAAUUCUGACGUCAUUGUUUAGGCUAGACAACGACCAAUGUGCCAGGAAAAAUGCGCAGAAAUUUUUCGAUGUUGUUGACCCAGAUUAUUAUGAGUUCGAGACGCAUGUAUUUUUCGAUGACGCCUUUGAACCCCAUGAUGAUGACGAGUAUCAAUAUCAUGUGAACAGUUUCGUUAAACAAAUGCUUCUUGUUAUGGACGACGCAGCAAGUAAAGUACAUAAGGUACCUAUUAAAAUACCCCCUCCUACAAAGUACCCGACUCCGUAUGGAGGACGCCUGGAGUGGACAUUACCAGGUGGUAAUAAAUUAUACAUCCACAUGAAGGACAAAGUGAAGAUCCGCCACAAAAAGAGAUGGAGCCAGGUAAUGUAUAUGUACUACUUGCUGGGUUACAAACUGGUGGCUCAACCCCUUGAUUCCCGAAGGAAACAGACAAUAGCUGAUAAUACUUAUAUCCUGGCCUUGGAUGGAGAUGUAGAUUUCAAACCUUCGGCAGUACAACUACUUGUUGACCGAAUGAGGAAAAACGAAAAAGUGGGCGCGGCAUGCGGACGUAUCCAUCCAAUUGGAACUGGUCUUAUGAUUUGGUAUCAGAAGUUUGAAUAUGCAGUCAGCCAUUGGUUACAAAAAGCUACAGAACAUUUGAUUGGAUGUGUCCUUUGCAGUCCCGGGUGCUUCUCUUUGUUUCGCGCGUCAGCUUUGAUGGACGAUAACGUCAUGAGAAAAUAUGCUACUUUAUCAUCUUCAGCACGUCACUACGUUCAAUUUGACCAAGGAGAGGAUCGAUGGUUGUGCACUUUACUACUUCAGCAAGGGUACAGAGUGGAGUAUUCCGCAGCCGCUGAUGCUUUGACAUACGCCCCAGAAGGAUUUGCAGAGUUUUACAACCAAAGGCGUCGCUGGUCACCAUCUACAAUGGCAAACAUCAUGGAUUUACUCACAGACUGGCGAAAUGUUAUUAAUAUCAAUGAAAACAUUUCGUUUCUGUAUAUUAUGUACCAGGGUUUAUUGUUCCUUUCGUCAUUGGUGACACCCGGUACUAUUUUCUUACUCAUCGUUGGAGCUCUGAACAGCGCAUUUGGAAUUGAAUUGCUUCCUUCCCUCGCGAUAAACCUCGUUCCAAUAAUACUUUUCCUGUUGAGUUGUUUCCUCUUGGAGUCUAAAUGGCAGAUCUUGCUGGCACAGUUCUUGUCCUUAGUAUAUUCCCUGCUGAUGAUGGUGGUAGUUGUGGGUAUUGGACUAGAGAUGAAGCAAGAAGGCAUUUGUUCACCGACGACAGUUUUCAUGAUAUUUAUAAUCGGUACCUUCAUUGUUGCAGCUGUUCUUCAUCCACAGGAAUUCUACUGUAUUAUGCAUGGAGCUCUGUACUUCCUGUGUAUACCGAGCAUGUCCAUGCUUCUCAUGAUCUACUCUAUUUGUAAUCUACAUGUUGUAUCAUGGGGAACUAGAGAGAAUGCCAUAGCAGCACAACCAAACGCCAAACCCCAAAAAAAGAAGGAUGGAAAAAUUGCUGCUAUUUUAAAUAAGUUUUCCAGUUCACGAAACAAAGAAGAUAGCGAAUAUGCCUUUUCUUUUGGAAAUCUAUUUAGAUGUCUUUGCUGUCCUAAACCAAGGUCUAACGAUGACGACAAAAGAUUUGAAGAGGUUCUCAAUAAAUUAGAGAAUUUAGAAAGAGUCAUGGCUCUUCCAAAAGAAGUUCAACAAAGAGUGAUGAUUGAUGCUGAGACUAAUGUGUCUGAGGUCGAUAUGAAAGAAAAUAAUGAUAGUCUGGACAAACGACCUCUAGACAAUGGAGAUGUUCGAUUUAACCCAAUUUAUCAGUCCAAACUCAGUCCACAUGAGGAGGACACACCUUCCUGGAUUCACGAUGAUGACAUUGGUCAUGGAAGAGUAAGGUUUCUCAGCAAAGAGGAGAAAAAUUUCUGGUCCGAGCUAAUUUUGAAAUACCUUUAUCCACUUCAACACGACGAAAAACACAAGAAAAAGAUGGGAAACGAUCUUCUGGAAUUGAGAAACAAGAUGAGUUUGAUGUUUUUUAUGACGAACGCACUGUUCAUUGUAAUUAUCUUCAGCUUGCAGUAUGCCAAGUCAAAAGGUGGUACCGGUCUGUCAAUUCCUCUGCCAUGCCACGAUACCUCUAACAAUGCGUUAUCCCUGGAACCAAUUUCACUAUUAUUCAUGGCUAUUUUUGGCAUCGCACUUUUUAUUCAAUUUAUUUCCAUGUUUUUCCACCGAUUGGCAACUUUCAUGCACAUCAUGUCAACAACGGAGGUGAACUGUAUGAAACCAAAUGAGAAUGAAAUCAACCAAAUGGAUCUGGACUCUAAAAUAUCUCUCGUAAAACAAUUCCAGCAAUUCGACGACGACGACGAUGCCAGAAGUAUUUCUACAGUUGGGAGUGAUCUGGAUGAAGAUAGUAGUAUCACUCAAGACGAUUCACCAAAAAUAAAGCGGAAGAAGACAGUACUUCGAAUUACACGAAGAAAGAGGAAUCAGGCUCCACAUUCUGGUAAUCUGAGCGGCAAAUUUAUAAAGACUUUCAUUGACUUCGCAAAAGAUUUGGAAAAUAAUGGAAAUGGUAACAGUAAUGUAAAUGGAAGUGGUAAGAUACGUAGAAGUAAGAAAGCGAAAAAAGCUAUGGCUUCUCUAGAACAAAACAAGGAUAUGGUGCUAAAUAAAGCGCAUGUUAUUAAAUCACGCUGGCAUCGCCUUGCGAAAGCAACUAAAUGGGAUUCAUCUGGGGACAAAUGGGGUUCACUACUGCGCCUCGCUUCACAGUCACGAACAAGUUUAAAUACAAUUACAGAAGACGACAAAAGAAAUUCGUGGAUCCGGGGGAUUUCAAAGAUGACUAGAUCCAACAGCGAAUUCUCUGUGAAUACGUUACCUGAUUUGGGAUCUCUGUCACAAAGAAACAGUUACGCUGAACCCAUUUUGAAUAUCAUUACUAGUGGGUUAGAGAAUGUAGACGGCAUCAACGGUGGAAGACGGGUUACUACCGCGGAAAUCAACAAUCUCCAUAAAUCUAGAUUUCCAGGCGAAAAUGUGUACGAUGCAGUAGAGGAGGUAGAUUCCGACAGCACAGACUCGGACUAUGAAGAGGCAGAUCUACCAUCUUCGAGAAAUUCGUCUCCAGUCGGUACAAAUAAUGUCGAGUCUAAAAGCGUAGAAAUGCAUACGAUUAUAUCUGAGGUGCCUGAAAAUAACCGAAAAAGUGGGACGGGAAAUGAAACCGAAAAUGGAGAUACUCAUUUAUAAGGAAAUGUACUGAGAUGUUAAAUUAUGUGCCAAUUUUAAAAUGGAUAAUCGGAUUUUGGAAAUUUCCUUUGAGCUGUGUUCACUGUACAUAGGUUCUCGAUGUCUGGGUAGGAAUGCGGCUAACGAUAGUGCCCUGUGACCCAGAUAUAUAGGAGUACCUUCCUAAAUUUUAUUAUAGCACAGCAACGAGUUGUACGCAGUUCUUAUCGAAAAGGAAAAUAUAAAAAUUUGAAAGACAUUGACCGUCUGUUUAAGAACGGUAAUUUUCUUAAUAAAACAAAUAAUAUGAUAUGCUGUCAUGAAUGACCUGAUAUGGUAAAUUUAUUCACUGCAUAAAAACAUCAUCUUCUUACACUUUCGUCUGUUAAUAUUUACUGCAUGAUAUUUCCUGUAUUAUUGAUAUUUAUAUAUGAAAGCAGGUGCUGUUAUUUUGUUAGAAAUAAUUCGCUAUAUUUGAUCGCUUACACCUAUUUCACAGUCGGCCUGUUGAUGCUGUCUUGGGAUUCACUUGAUAUUAUGUAUAGAUUGCAAUGCUUUACAAUGUUUGAAUUUAAAGUUACACGUAGAUACUUCAAUUAUUUGUAAAUUGUAAAUUAUUGAAAUGUGUCAGAUUUUCACUGUUCCUCUGUGUGUUGAAAAUAAAACUGUUAUUUUACUGUGUUCGUUUGUAUAAAAAAAAAAAUUAGCACGUCACCAAAAAAGCAUGGCCUCGUGUUUAUACCUGAUAUUGAAAGAAAACAAAUUAAUAUGACACAGUUUUAUUAUAUUAUUCAGUCUAUUCAAAUUUAUAAAAACAUAUCUCAUACUAUCUAUUUCUGUACUGCUCAAGGUAUUCGUCUUUUGGCAUCAUAGCUGUACAAUGCGUAUUUUAACAAAGGGGUGAUAAAAAUUCAGAUAUAUUAAUGAACAUGGUGCUGUAGAUGAAUUUAGACAAUUGUAAGUGGACUAGCGAUAUCUUGAGGGGGAUUUGUAAUGUAUAGAGAUUUUAUAAGUCCCAUCUUAAAGCCAUUUUAUACAAACAAAAAAAUGGAUGCAUGAGUUUAUAUAUAUAUAUAUAUAUAUAUAUAUAUAUAUAUAUAUAUAUAUAUAUAUAUAUAUAUAUUGUGGCCUAGUUUAGUUGUUAUAAAUACAAAUAUGUAAUUCUGAAAAAUAAAUAAGGGACUUGUAAAUUUUCUAUGAUGAUUAAAAGUUGAAAUAUAUUACUCCUCACAAUAUAACUCUGUUUAAAUUUCUCCCACUGUUUGGGGCUUAAUUGAGUAUUCAUGGAAAUGAAUUACAUUCUAUACGGUCAAUUGUGUCAAUUUUACUUAUAAAAACUAAAUUAAGUUUUCAUUCUCAUGAUUGUUUUUUUUUUUUUUUUUUAGGGGGGGGGGGGGUGUUUGUAGCGAGUUUCGUUAAGAUGAGACUGACGACUACUAGAAUUAUACCAUCAUCUCAGACAGUCUAGAACAUAAACUGUGAUAAAGGAUUUUAACCAAAGUCUACCCUGCUUUGUUUUGUUUUCUGUUGUUGUUUU